AUGACGGUACAUCAGUAUGCAGCUAAGUUUACUGAGUUAUCUCGCUUUGCUACUUAUCUGAUUCCUGAUGAGGAAAAGAAGGCGCGCAAAUUUGAGCAAGGACUGAAUGAGAAACUUUAUGAGCGUGUGGGGGGUUUUCAGAUUCGGAACUUCUCAGAAAUGGUGAAUAAGGCCACAUUUUUUGAAAGAACCCUCCAAAGAAGGGCUGCAUUACAUGAACAAAGGAAAAGGACUACUCCUACUGGGUACCAUUCUGGCAUGGACCAGGGACCGUGGAAAAAGAGGAAUGAGAGUAGUAGCUCGGGAAAAAGGCCGGUUCAGGGUAACCAACAGCCCUAUCAGUGCAGGACAUGCAAUCAAGUGCACUCCGGAGAGUGCAGAAAAGGGUCGGGUUUGUGUUUUCGUUGCGGCAAAUCAGGACACUACAUUAGGGAAUGCCCAAUGCAAUUGGGUAGCAACAAGGCGACCUUGUUGACCUUACCGCCACCUCCGAAAUAUGAAGUUCCAGCACGGGGCAGCAACCAACGUCCUACUACACCUGCACGAGUUUUUGCACUGACACCUGGAGAGGUUGAGGGUAGGAAUGACGUUAUCACUGAAACUGAAAGGUUGAAGCACAAGUUAGUGGUCGCGACCCCAACAAGAAAUUCGUUGGCUUCCUACCACGCCAGUAUUGAUUGUUCUAAAAAGGAGGUGGUUUUCAUACCUCCACAAGAAAGUGAAUUUCGGUUCACAUGGUCGAAAGUGAGGUUGGUUCCACCCAUCAUUUCUGCCAUUCAGGUUGGAAAAUUGUUGCGUGAUGGUUGUCAGGGAUUCUUAGCCUGUGUGGUGGAAGCACCAAAAGAAGAGCUGAUGUUGGAACAGAUACUUGUUGUGAAAGAUUAUCCAGAAGUUUUCCCAGAAGAUUUAUCUGGACUUCCACCCGAGCAGGAGGUAGAGUUUGCUAUUGAACUGGUCCCAGGCACGACACCUCUUUCAAAAGCACCUUACUGA